AUGACGACCCGCUUCAAGAAGAACCGCAAGAAGAGAGGCCACGUCAGUGCCGGUCACGGCCGUAUCGGGAAACACAGGAAGCAUCCCGGUGGUCGUGGUAACGCCGGAGGUAUGCACCACCACAGGAUCCUCUUCGACAAGUAUCAUCCCGGUUACUUCGGGAAAGUCGGUAUGAGGUAUUUCCACAAGCUCAAGAACAGGUUCCAUUGCCCCAUCGUCAACAUCGACAAGCUCUGGUCCAUGAUUCCCCAGGAGGUGAAGGAUAAGGCAGGAAAGGAUGGCGCUCCGAUGAUUGAUGUCACUCAGUUUGGCUACUUCAAGGUCCUUGGGAAGGGGGUUUUGCCUGAAAAUCAGCCCAUCGUUGUGAAGGCUAAGCUCGUGUCCAAGACAGCUGAGAAGAAGAUUAAGGAAGCCGGCGGAGCUGUCGUCCUCACUGCCUAG